AUGAAUGCAGGAGCAAUGUGUGUCCUGUCGAUGGCUGCCGUCCUGGAAUCUGCCCCUCUGCCAUCUCUUUUGCGGCGAUGCCGUCAAGCAAGGCCCAGGCAGCUCGAGCUUCCUGGAUCCCCAGCAUUCAUGGCCGCUGCUCGCUUCGCCUCCACGUCUCGAUUCGCUUCGCCCGACCAUUACCGCCUGGCAAAUGAACCACUAAUGGCGUCGCUCCUUGCCUCUGCACUAUUUGUCAAAAACCUGUCCCACCUUCUGCGAGUGAAGGUCUGCAAUCCACCUGCACUUCUUACUCUUGCAGCCAAGAUCCCGACAACCAUACACCGUCUUAAGUCGCAACAUCAUAACAAACCACAACCUUUCACACGACUACAUUACUUCAUCCUGCCCGCCAUGCCUUCUCGUCCGUCCCACUCGCGCCGCUUCUCGCAGGCCAUGAAGCGCUCACUCGAGCAAUCGGUCCCCGAGGCCUCCGAGAAGAAUAUGGCAUGUUCACAUCCCGUUCCAGACCGGCGUGAGAGCAUGGUGGAAUUCUUCAAUGCGGCGAACCAGUACGUCAACCUCAAAGGCCCCGAAGAGGGUGCUGCCUUGCUGGGAGAACUUCUGCUCGAGUGGAAGGCGAGCAAGCAGAACGCUCAGCCCCAGACCCAGCAGCAGGCCCAGCAGACGCAGCAGCAAGCACAAUCCCAGGGCCAAGUGCAGGCAGAGCAGCAAGUCCAAGCCCAGCAGCACGCUCAGGCCCAGCAAGAUCAGCAAGCCCAACAGCACGCCCAGGCCCAGCUCCAAGCCCAGGCUCAGCUGCACGGCUAUCACCAACUCCUGCAGCAGCUCCAGCCCCAGCAACCGUUUCCAGCCUACCAGAACCUGGGCAACCAAGGUUUUCCCAGCCAGCAGCCCUUUUCCUUCCAACCCGUCUUCAUAUUCCAGGGUUUUCCAGCCCAACAGCAGCCAAUGAUCCAUCAGGCUGCCCCAGGCCAGGGAGGUUUGCCUACGUGCCGGCCCUUGCCGGCCCAACAGCUUCAGCCCACGCCCGGCCUCCAGACGUCGAUGGUCAACUCUGGUGGCCUGCAGGCCCCGGCCGGCAUCAACCCCACCAACCACCGACUUCCUCUAAGCGAGGUCAUGCGCUUGUAUGAGGAGGCGGAGAAGAGCACUGCUCCAAACCCCGUCGCAUUGAAGCGAGGCCGCACCCCCAGCGGUUCCACCUCCAACGAAGGACCGGCAUCAAAGCGCAGAUGA